UGUGUGGAAAGUUGAGAGCAGCAGCAGCAGCAGCAGCAGCCCGUCGGCUCUGCACAGCAAGGUCCCAGGCUGGAAUCCGGGAGUCUCGGCCAUGCGCCUCCCAUCCUGAUUUGUCAAACUUCGGCAUGGUUUCUGGGCGCCUGAUUGGACCGAGCCAAUGACAACACCUGCUUCUUGCCUUCAUUGAAGUGACAGAAGCGCCAGGGGCUCCGGUCCGGGUAUAUUUAGAGAGAGUCAGCCCCCGUCUCAGGAUUCCUGGUCAGGCCCCCGUGCGCUCACUCAGCAGCUCUCCUCCUCCUCCUGUCGGUGUGUGUCUGAGUGUGUGUGUGUGUGAGUGAGUGAGAGAGUGUGUGAGAGUGUGUGCGCCUCCUGGCACCCAGACAGCGCGGCGAUGGACACUGUCAUGUUAGCCCAUCUUCUCACAGCCCUGCUCACUCUCGCACCGCCUGAGCUCGCCCUGGGGACGGACGAGGCUGACUUGCCGGAAAACCACCACGAACGGGACAAAUUGGCCAACCAGCAGAAAGCUCGCCUCUCGUUACAGAACACAGCUGAGAUACAACACUGCCUGGUGAACACCGGCGACGUUGGCUGUGGAGUUUUUGAAUGUUUUGAAAAUAAUUCCUGCGAAAUCCAUGGACCACAUGACAUAUGCUUGGCCUUCUUGCACAACGCUGGCAAGUUCGAUGCCCAGGGUAAAUCUUUUAUUAAAGAUACUCUGAAGUGUAUGGCUCAUGGAUUGAGAAUAAAAUUCAGCUGCAUUAGUCGGAAGUGCUCCACUAUCCAGGAGAUGGUGUCUCAGCUGCAGCAAGAGUGCUACCUCAAACAUGACCUCUGUUCCACCGCCAAGGAGAACAUUAAUGUGGUUGUGGAGAUGAUUCACAUUCGGCAUCUGCUUUCAAAAGGGUCAUACUUGGAGUUUAUAAAAGCUCUGUUCCAUUGUCAUGAGGUCGUUAUGGAAGCUGUAAAGAAAAGUGUGCGAUCACGAUUUGGACAGAACCUUGCGUUUCUAAGGCAGAUUUUGCAAGAGGAUUCCUGCUCUUCUCACAAGCAGGCUGAUCAAGUCACCCCGACAACAGCAGCUCCUGACAAAAAGCAAGAGGAGAAUCGUAAGGGGCACAAGAGUAGUACAGAAGUAAAUUAUGUUGAGGUUGACAGGGAGAAUGCUAGGAACCCUAAAGGAGAAAAGGACAGAAGUGGAAGAGUUCACCCGAAUGCACGUGCCCGAGGUAUUGGUCAGGCUUCAAGGCGAAUAACUGAGGAACGUACUCAUAUGAGCGAUGCCAUUGAGUUAUCUGAUAUCAGAAGGUGAAAGGUCAUUAGUCUUGAGGACUUUCCAUGCAGCCAUUUCCUUAUAUGGACAUUCCAAUACACAUAGCCUAAAAUGGGAUUUGUGUUACAUGCAAAAUAUUCUGGGAAUUAUAGUUCACCUCUGCAGUCAGCUUCAGUUAAACUUAAACUUAAAAAAAACCUACAACUCCUAGAAUGCAGUCCAACAUAUAUCCCAUAAUCACUGUACUUGAAACUAAACAUUUAUAUCAAUUAUCUCACUCAACAAGUCACCUCAACAAGCAUGAAAGUUUCCUUUUUAAUUUAAAAACAAAAUGAGAACAUCUUUAUUUCGGGACAAAAAUCUUUAUUAUUAGAUAUAUCUUGGGUAAUUUUGUACAGGGCAAAGCUUUUGUGAAGGUCUACAUGUUCGUCUACUGAUUACAUUUAUUCUAUAUUGUAAAUAUUUAACAUUACUAUUUAUUAUAGUUUCUGUAUCACCAAUAUACCUGUUGGAUAAGGUAAAUUAAACUAUUUCAUUUUCCAUGUUGUACAUAUUCAU